ACGAGGAGGAACUUCGUCACUAAGCCCCAGAAAAAACCUCACUGCCUCCAUUUCCUGCGGAAGCUCGCGGGGACUUUGGGAAGCUCCGGAUCCUCUGACAUUUCUUUACGCUUCUCUUCACAUCAACACCCAUAUACGUGCAUGUUAAGCUAUCCCGUUUAAUAUUGCAAUCACAUACUGAGACGCAGUGGGUGGCUUGGCAUGAAGAGGUCCUUGCGACACAUGUGCUGUGCGAGCAGAUGAAGGAGCUGGCGAGCAAGGAAAGAGAGAGAGUGAGAGAUACAGUACUAGGGUCCUGAGAGGUGUGAAGACAACGUGUGGCUCCAGGAGGGUCAAGCAUUGGCAGCAGGUAGGUAUUGAGCCUUAAAUGCGAGGCUGCCCCUCCUGUGCAUCUGCAGCUCUGGCAUGCACGAGAACUGGAGCGUUCUUCAUUCAUGACUCUGCCGCGUCCCACCACCUUCACAGAACAUAUAAUUCCCCACUCCGCCUCCCCGUCGUGGGCUCAGCUACAACCAUCUCACGCACCUUAUCGAUCGCCGCCGCUGGGAUUCGUAGACGGAGUUGCUGCACUAUCCCCACCCCUGGGGUUGCUAUCUUACUCGUGUUCUUCUGCCUGUAAUUCGGAGGAUUUCAUACGCGCUAGGUUGGAUACAGUCAGCGCUUACUGUGUCGCAGAUUGCUGGAGCACGGGGAGUGUGUGUGUGUGUGGAAUGCAGGAGAGUGUGAAGGAAUCUUGAUGAUGAGAGCGUUGAGGAAGGAGUGAGGGAGGUUAGGAUCAUGGACACUGCCGCAGUGGAACAACGUGGAAGGGUCGUGCCCGUGCAUUCGAUGCUGUAGUUGAUCUUAACCUGGUCGUGUACCAUUGCGUGAGGUGCGGAGUGCGGGACGGGUGGGAGCGAAAUCUCUUUUGUUGUCUUGCUACAGUUCGUGACCAGGUGACCUCGAAGCAAAGCCGGAAUCUCGCUAAUUACCGACAUGGCGGAGGGUGGGCAAGGGCCGGCGAUGCAGCAGCCACAUCACAUUCGGCAAUCUAGCUCUCUUCGGGAGGAUAUAUUAUCCCUCUACAUCACUCCGAACCGGCGCCUCCCGGACUUCCUGCAGUCGGUCAAUCUGAAAUAUGUGAAACUGGGAUACCACCACCUGAUCACACACCUUUUCACGCUGCUAUUUAUACCCAUGUUGCUAGGAAUUUUCCUGGAGGUCUGGCGCAUGAGCCCCAACGACCUCCACAGCCUCUGGAUGAAUCUGCAGUUCAACCUGGUGAGCGUGAUUAUCUGCUCCGCCCUGCUCGUGUUCGGCGGCACGGUGUACGUGAUGUCCAGGCCACGCACCAUCUACCUAGUGGACUUCUCGUGCUAUCUCCCCGGUUCCCAAUUCGAAGUGCCCAAGGGCUUGUUCAUGGAACGCACGCGGCAGACGGGCUGCUUCGACGAGGGAUGCAUAGGAUUCCAGGAGAAGAUCUUGGAGAGAUCAGGCCUUGGGGAACAAACGUAUUUCCCCCCAGCUAUGUUCGAGGUGCCGCCGAAGCCCUCCAUGAAGGCAGCACGGGAGGAGUCGUCAGCCGUCAUGUUCGGGUGCUUGGAUGAGCUCUUUGAAAAGACGAAGAUCAAGCCCAAGGACGUGGGCGUGUUAGUAGUGAAUAGCUCCUUGUUCAAUCCGACUCCCUCCCUUUCGUCCAUGAUUGUGAACAAAUACAACAUGCGGGGCAACAUAAGAACCUACAAUUUGGGCGGGAUGGGGUGCAGCGCUGGCGUUAUUGCCAUCGACCUCGCGAAAGAUAUGCUUCAAGUGCACGGGAACACCUACGCGAUUGUUGUCAGCACGGAGAACAUCACGCAGAACUGGUAUAUCGGAAAGCGCAAAUCAAUGCUCAUUCCUAACUGUCUCUUCCGCGUGGGUGGUGCAGCAAUUUUGCUCUCGAAUAAGCGCAAGGACAAGGGGAGGUCUAAGUACAAGCUCAACCAUGUGGUGAGAACACACAAGGGCGCCGAUGACAAGUGCUACAGAUGUGUGUAUCAGGAGCAGGACGAGGAAGCCAGGAUGGGUGUGACGCUUUCCAAGGAUCUUAUGGCAAUCGCAGGAGACGCCUUGAAGACCAACAUUACCACUUUGGGUCCUCUUGUGCUUCCCUUGUCGGAGCAGCUUCUCUUCUUCGGAUUCCUCGUGGCACGCAAGGUGCUGAACCUCAAGGUGACGCCUUACAUCCCCGACUUCAAGCUGGCGUUUAACCAUUUCUGCAUCCAUGCAGGCGGGCGAGCCGUCAUUGACGAGCUACAAAAGAAUUUGAAUCUGACUGAGGAGCUCUGUGAGCCGUCUCGUAUGACGCUUCACCGUUUCGGCAACACUUCCUCCUCGUCUAUCUGGUACGAGCUAGCCUACACGGAGGCCAAGGGCCGUAUGAAGAAGGGACACAGGGUAUGGCAGAUUGCUUUCGGAAGUGGAUUCAAAUGCAAUAGUGCUGUCUGGCAAGCGCUGCGUUCCAUUAAGCCUCCGAAGCAAUCCCCGUGGGCUCAUUGUAUCGACCAGUAUCCUGUUCACAUCGACGAAGUUGAGAAAAUCAAAUACACCAAGUGAUCGAAGACCUUGGGAGUUCAUUUCCACCCCCCUUCUUAAUUGGUUGGCUGAGGGACCGGAUAAAAAAUGUACAGGUCGCUCGAAAGCCCUUGACGUCAAGAUAAGCUGAUGAGUUAAUUUGCCUCUUCUUCUUCAUUUGCUUCCAUUCGUACAUUUUGCUGGACAUAUAGCAGCAUGGAGAAGAAGAUGCAAAUUGCUCUUGUAAGGCAAUACAGCGGACUCUACCUGAGAAAACUUUGUUACAGUUUGUGCUACUGAAAAUGUGUUCAGAAUUUCGUGUAUUUUACUGUCAUAGUAAAGCCGAUAUAUUUCGUAGUCUCAAACUUGCUUCCUCUAUCAAGAUUAUCCUCGCUGCCGUUCAUCACUACAUGAAUCCCAACAUCGUUUUUCUUCUGUUCUUAUUUAUAAUGCUUCCUUAUUCAUAGGGACCGUGGGGUACAAUUGCAUACCCAAAACCACGUUUACUUGGCUCAACUCAUAGAACUGUGAUCUUAUUUCAUGAGUCUUAUAGAACGAAGAAAAGGUUAAAUAAAUAAUGCAGCGUUCAUCUUGAAAUGA